GGGGUAGAUGCAACCACGAAUGCGCCUCCACAGGUCUGGACCGCAGGAAGAAGGUGUCAUGAGGGAGGUGCAGUACCCGAGUCGGAAGCCGGGCAUAGGUCGUCUUAUAAACCCGCGUGCAGACCAACCUCACUCCCAUCUUAGCAAUUCUUCUCCAAAAAGGCAACAUCCAUCGCAACCAAGUCGAUCCAGCCAGCCAUCAAAAUGCCCGAAACCAACGGCCACCGCUUUGACCCCGGCUUCACGCAGAGCGUCGUGGACGCCAUGGGCCCCAACACGCCCGAACGCCUGCGCUUCAUCAUGAGCCGCCUGAUCCCGCACAUCCACGAUUUCGCGCGCGAGGUGGAGCUGACGGUCGAUGAGUGGAUGGCGGGCGUAAAGCUGAUCAACUGGGCGGGGCAAAUGAGCGACGAGCGCCGGAAUGAGGGCCAGCUGGUUUGCGAUGUUAUUGGAUUGGAAUCGCUUGUUGACGAGAUUACUUACAAGAAGGCGUCGGAGGCCGCGGAUGUGGCGACGCAGAGUGCUAUCCUUGGCCCCUUCUUCCAAGAAGACAACAAGUUGAGCGAGAACGGCGCUUCCAUCUACCUGACCGAGGCCAAGGGUGCCGAAGUCGUGUACAUGUACGGCCGGGUGACGGAUGCGCAGACCAAGGCGCCUCUCGCCAAUGCAACCAUCGAUGUGUGGCAGGCGUCUACGAACGGUCUUUACCAGCAGCAGGACAAGGAUCAGGCGCAGCACAAUCUUCGCGGAAAGUUCAAGACGGACGCCGACGGCAACUACGCUUUCUACACCAUUCGACCUACGCCUUAUCCCGUUCCCUUUGACGGCCCAGCUGGCAAGCUUUUGAAGCUCAUGGACCGCCAUCCAUACCGACCGGCGCACAUUCAUCUGAUCGUCCUGAAAGACGGCUACAAGCCCAUCACGACGCAAAUCUUCGACAAGGGUAGCGACUACCUGACGAACGACUCAGUCUUCGCCGUCAAGGACUCGCUGGUCGUCGAGUUCGUGCCGCGGAAAGAUGACGCCAAAGCGAAGCUUGAGUUGCGCUACGACAUUCACAUGGGUGGCGCUGCUUCGUCGAAGGGAGGAGAGACGGCGUCGGCCCCGGCUUUGAUCAACGGUAACCAUUAGGAAGCAAUGAAAGGCAUGUUUUCGCCGUAGUCCCAUGUUUGCGAGCCCUCGAGCCAGUCCAGAUUCAUUAAGUGCUGUCCGAACCAGGCGUCGUUGAGGCUGUUGAAGUCGAAUGGAUCGCUUGCUUCGGAGAGUAGGGAAAUGUGGUGUUCCAACGGAGGGACGUCCGUUGGCUGCUCUGUAACGUUGUUGGUGGCCUGAUGCAUCAGAGA